AUGCCCCCGGCGAGGCCCCAUCUCCCACCCGCCAACUGGCGGGCCUCACCCCCCGGCACGCUCGCCGGCCGGCCCCCGGUGCCCCCGCCCGCCCGCGCCGCCCGAGGAGGGCCGGCUGGCCGGCGCAGGGCCAGAGUCCGGCUGGGGAGCCCGCAUGCCCUCGCGGAGGCGGCGCGGGGGGGAGCACCGGGCACUGGGGGUGGCACGCGGGUCACGGCGGGUACGGGCCCCUGGCCUGACCCGUACCGACAUGCCCUGCGCGUCACUCCCGCCGCCCACUACCCACCCGCGCGGCCCCUGCCGCGGCGGCGCACUUCCCAGCCGGACCCAGCGGGCCCGGUCCGUGACCCCGGCGCCAACUGGCCGGCGGGGCCGCGCAUCUACUGCUUGGCCUUGUUGAGCACCUCCGCCUCGCCCCGGGGAGGCCUCGGACGGGGGUCAGCGCCCCCGCCCCCGCCAACUGGUGCACCCCCCUGGCCCACCAACUGGCGAAUCCCGGCACCACCCAGGGCACCCCCCGCCAACUGGCGAAUCUCCCGGCGGCCCGUGUUGGCGGCAUGGCCCCCGGACCCUGAGGCGUCCAAUGCCGAGGAUUCGGGGGCCCCUCCCCGACGAUUUGAACGAGCCUUGACGCACCGUCCAGCUGGAAAUUUCAGGUUCAGGCCACAGCAAGGCGCCAGUUGGCUGCCUAUCCCAUCCACCGGCCCCCGGGCACUCCGCGCGCCGCCGCUCCGAGGCUCCCCCACCAACUGGCAACCCCCGGCGUCCCAGCCGUGGGCCGCUUCCCGGCAUGGGCGUCCCUGCCAACUGGCGACUGUCCCCCCACAGCGUGCCGCCGCCACCAACCGCCGGAUCCCCAUGUCGCGGCCGCCAACUGGCGAGUCUGCCCCCGCCGAACACAACGGGCUCGCGCCCGCCGGUUCCCCGCUCCCCUCCAGGCACCCGGCGCUGCCGGAUCCAUGA